ACCAUCUGAAUCGAAGAUGAGGAAGAGGAGAACUAACCAAAUCGAAGAGGAGGAAGAUGAAGAACUAAGCUCUCAGCUCCCAAAUCAAAGACAGUGAAGAGAACCAAUCAAAUCGAAGAGGAAGAAGAUGAAGAUGAGACUUCAGUUUCCGUUUAAUCCUCAAAUUUCAUUCUCCACUCCCUGGCUUUUGCCCUUUGUUGGGUUCCUCCCCUCUUCAAAUAUCCUGCAAACCCACUCUUCCCCUCAUUAUUAAAUCUUCUUUAACCGGCGAUGUCCCUUCAUUUCUCUUCUCCACCCAUCUUUCCCUCCAUCAUAAACAAUGGUCAGACCUCUUCAUGACGCCGAGUCCUUUGUUGUUGGAUCCACGGAGACGAACAUUAGUGACGAAGACGAGUUCUUUUUGGAUUUCAAUCGUCGAUUCUCUCGCUCCUCGAGUUAGAAACUCUCUGUGCCGAGUUCAGAGUCAAUAGAAAAAAUAAAGCAAGUUUAGUUUGGAUGAAACUCACCAAAUCGAUGCCGGGAAAACAACUUUGGCAUAGAAAGAAGAAUUCUACAGAGAUGCAAGGCGACACAGGAAUAGAAAGUGAAGUUAGCAACCGGUCCUCUAGGGAAAGUAUGAGGGUCAGAGCGAGAGGAGCGGCGACAAGGGAAGUCAGCGGCACCAGACAGCGGCAGGGGAACAGGCGGUGGAUUCCGGGAUUAGAUCACAGGCUUGUAAGACAGACAAAGACAUUCUUCUUUUACAAUUUUUCAGAAAAUUGUGAGGAGAAAGAGUUAUGGUACCGAUUUCAGAGAUGUGGAAAAGUGGUAGAUGUGUACGUACCAAAGAAGCGCGACAAGUGGGGGAAGAGAUUUGGAUUUCUGCGUAUGGUAGGUGUGCAGAACGAGAAUCAGAUGGUGAGAAGACUGAAUGAUAUCUGGUUGGGUUCAUACAAGUUGCGAGUGAAGAUAGCAGAGGAACGAAGUAACGCAAGAGUAAAAGUUGAAGUUAUGGGAGACAGAAAACAGCAUAGGGAGGAUAGGUUGGUACAGCCAGGAAAAUCAUAUGCCCAGGUGGUAAAGGGGAGGACACAGAGUUUACAACGCUUGCCGGAUGGUAUAGGAUCGCUGGAAGGGGAAGACAGGGGCAUCAACCAAAUGGAAAAGGAACCAACUCAGGCGAGGCAAAGGAACAGGAGGGAGGAAGUGGCAUCCUGUGAUAUACUAGAUGGCAAAAAUUGUAUGGUGGAGAAUAGAAUGGUGAAUCCUCACGAGGAAAUCAUGAAAUUCACACCAGAGCAGGAAGAGAACCAGUGGCUUGAAGGGGGUUUUGUGGCGGUUGUGAAAUCACUAACACUAGUAAAAGAAGUGCAACAGAGAAUUGAUGUGGAUGGAGGUUUAAUCAAGAUCUCACCAUUAGGGGGAAGGAGGGUGUUACUAACUGAACACCGGGGUCUAUUCUUGAAUUUAUGAACCACAACAAGGAACUAAUUGCUUUGUGGUUUGAAGACAUUCAAUCAUGGGAGAAGCAAGUUCAGGAUCGAAGCAGAAUGGCAUGGCUACGUAUUACUGGUAUCCCCUUGAAGGCCUGGAGCGAUAGAUGCUUUAA